UUUUUUUAUACACUAAAUCAAACAAAUAAUAGAUAUGCUGUCUUCAUUAAAUAAAACGGCUAAAGUCAUUACACCAGUUUUGCGACGAAGUUAUGCAACAACACAACAAGUGAAUGAUGGGAUUCAACAAGGUGUUGCUUAUUCUCAACUUCUUAAAAGGAAACCUGAAGAUUCGUUUCGUUCCCCUGAGUUAGCUCAUAUGAGUGCCAUUAAUAGCGAAACAAGGAAAAUGAAUUUAUUUCAGGCUGUAAAUGAUGCUAUGCUCUUGGCUUUGACUACAGAUGAAAAAGCAGUUGUAUUUGGUGAAGAUGUUUCAUUUGGUGGUGUAUUUAGAGCUACAUCAGGUUUAGCUGAACAGUUUGGUCGUGACCGAGUAUUUAAUACACCAUUAACAGAACAAGGUAUUGCAGGUUUUGCUGUAGGUAUGGCCUCAGUAGGACAUACUGCAAUUGCAGAAAUUCAAUUUGCUGACUAUAUCUUUCCUGCAUUUGACCAAAUUGUCAAUGAAGCCGCCAAGUUUAGAUAUAGAUCUGGUAAUCAAUUUAAUGUAGGUGGUUUAACUAUUCGUUCCCCUUCUUCAGCUGUUGGACAUGGUGGCCAUUAUCAUUCACAAAGUCCCGAGGCUUUCUUUACACAUUGUCCUGGUUUAAAGAUAGUGACUCCUAGAAGCCCUAUUCAAGCAAAGGGUCUAUUGUUGGCUUCAAUUCGUGAUAGAAAUCCAAUUAUUUUCUUUGAACCAAAAAUUCUUUAUAGAGCAGCAGUGGAAGAAGUACCUGUUGCAGAUUAUGAAUUACCAUUAGGAAAGGCGGAAGUACUAAAAAAGGGAAAUGAUGUCACUGUUUUAGGUUAUGGCUCACAAAUCUAUGUUUUGGAAAAUGCUAUACAACUGGCCGAAAAGAAAAUGCCUGGUUUAAGUUGUGAGUUGAUUGAUUUACGAACCAUCAUGCCUUGGGAUGUUGAAACUGUUGUCCAAUCUGUGAAAAAGACAGGUAGAUUAGUUAUUGCCCAUGAGGCUCCUAAGAAUGCUGGUGUGGCUGCUGAAAUUGCUACUACUGUGAUGGAGCAUUGCUUUUUGAAUUUAGAAGCACCUAUUCAACGUGUUUGUGGCUGGGAUACUCCAUUUCCAUUAGUCUUUGAAAAAUUAUAUGUACCUAGUAUGAUUAGGUGCUUUGAUGCUAUUAAAACGGCUGUAAACUAUUAGAUUGUCUUCAUUAUUUAAUCAGAAUUAAAGAUUAUAUACAC